AUGGCUCGAGCUGCGUUUUUCGCGCUCUCCCUCGCGCUGCUGCUCGUGGCGGCGCGCGCCGGCAGCCCCAUCACAAGCUCGUCGGCGAACGAGAAGCCCGACCAGAGCAGCAAGAAGGACGACGGGCUCAUGACGGAACUCCCCGCAGACAUUGCGAAGCAGGCGGCGUCGGGCAACGCGGCGGGACUGACCUACGUGGACACGGCGCAGGACUCUUUUUUCAUGGCUGAUGUGAAGAAGGCCGGGUGGAACGCGCAGAAAUGCCCGCCGGGUUUGAACAAGGAGCUGGCGGGCGCGUGCACGCCCAAGAAUUGCUCCAAGGGCGGCAUUGCCGCCAAGUGGAAGACGGCGUACCUGCAGAAGAACAAGCUCGGGUACGAGCUGUACGUGCCGGGUAACCCGCUCACGCUGCUCAAGGCGAACCCCGCGUCGUGCUGCAACACGUGCGCCGCGACGCCGCUGUGCACGUACUGGCAGUACAUUCCCGAUAUUACCAUCGACGGGAAGAAGGGCAAGGGCGCGUGCUACCUGAUCCACGAUCAGAUCGACUUCACGUGCGGAGAGAUGACCGCGCAGUACAGCACGGAGACGAAGCCCGUGCCGCUUCAGGUGCGCAUCGGCGGCGAGUGCAACCCGAGCGCCAAGAUUCUCAACGACCCGCAUCUGGUGGGCGCGCACGGCACGCACUUCGACUUCAACGGCCGCCCCGACAAGGCCUUCUGCCUGCUCACGGACCGCGACCUGCACGUGAACAUGCUGCUGCGCGGGUACUACGACGAGCGCACCGACAACGCGGCGCUCGUCGUCGACGGCAAGGCCGUGCACACGUGGAUUAAGGAGCUCGGUAUGAUCUGGACCGCUAAGGGCGUCGACCACAAGGUUCGCAUCGCGGCGCGCGGCGGGAAGCAGCAGGAGCGCGGCGACGGGUUCGUGAAGAGCAUCGAGAUUGACGGCGAGGCGAUCCCGCGCAUGCAGGUGGGCGACAGCGUGACGAGCGACGGCGGGCUGACGAUCCAGUUCCGCGGGCUGGAGAAGGAGGGACCGUUCGAUGUGGAUUACUACCUGCUGACGAUCGACGGCCUGAUUUCGCUCGACCUCCGCCUGCGCGUUGCGCACCCGAAGCUGCAGACGCCGAGCGACGCCGAGGCGCACAUCAACGUCGGGAUUGCCGAGCUCGAGCACACAGACGCGAUCCGCGGCGUGCUCGGACAGACGUACCGCGACGACCACUCGCAGCGCGCCGCGGACUUCCAGAAGCUGAUCGCGAGCCUGCACCGUCCGAUCUCCGCCGAUGGCGCGGAGGGACAAGGAUUCCUGGAUGGCACGCCGCGGUCGUACGAGGCGAGCGACGUGCUUGCUGUGGACUGCGCUUAUACCGCAUAUGGGCGCGCCAGGCAGGUGAUGCCCGUGCAGGAGUUCCCAUGCGUGGGUGAAGCCACUAGGCGAGGGCCGUACGUGAGUGAUGGGCGGAUAAAAACGCCUACCACCCUGCUUACCGCAACCACCUCCCCUUUCUCCCCUGCCUGCCCCCGUCCCGAAUUCCCAGGCACCAGGUACGUGGGUCAGGCCACAGGGCCUGAGAGCAUUGCAUGGGACCCGAGUGGGCGAGGGCCGUACGUGAGUGUGAGCGAUGGGCGCAUUCUCAGGAGGAAGGCGGACGACAGCGACUGGGAGGAGUUCACCUAUGCCUCGCCGCACAGUGGGCGAGGGCCGUACGUGAGUGUGAGAGACGGGCGCAUUCUCAGAAGGAAGGCGGACGACAGCGACUGGGCGGAGUUCACCUAUGCCUCGCCGCACAGGGACUUCCUCCCCCUACUGCUGGAGGGGCGCAAGGAUGGGCGUUUUAUGAAGUAUGACAUUGGGACGGGCAAGACCACUGUGCUUGUGGACAAGGUCGCGUUCGCAAACGGUGUUGCGCUUUCACAGGACAAAAAGUUUGUCGUCUUCUGUGAAACGACCUACCUCAGGUGUCACAGGUACUGGAUUCGAGGCCCAAAGACUGGGAAGAAGGAGCUUUUCGUUAAACUCCCCGGUUACCCUGACAAUCUCAGCCUCAACCCGAGGGGGAGGUUCUGGAUCGCACUCAACUCGCGCAACUCGCUUGUAACAG